AUAGGCAACCAAUAUGGCGUCACAUUCAAGUUGUUGCACAUUCCUAUUGCCAGUAUUGCUGAGUGCGUUAUUUCAAAUAACGUUGUGUCAAAUAAACUCAUACUUUACAUAUAAAGAGUUAUCGUCUUGCAAAGAUGGAACGAAUGAAAAUGACGCUUAUGAAUUUUUCAACCCCAACACAUUUCUAUGUGUGAAGUGUGCGCAAAACUCGUUGAUUCAAAAACGCAGCGCCAAUGGUACAGUACAGUGACGGUACACUUUGUCUAAGUUUAAGAGUUUAAGUUAAAACUCCAAGUAGUUACAGAUAUAAACUCUAACUUUUUUGAGCAUCCACUAAUUAAUUUGGUAAUCUACCACUUGAGCGUCGGCCAAGAAAAAAUCCAGUUGUUCCGGUUGGAAGGGCUAUUUAAACAACUAUUCACUAUUCUUUUAUUAUUUUUAAUAACAUUGGUUGUACUUAUUCAUUCCCAUAAUAAUAGACAAUUUUUUUAAAAUCGAAAAGCUAUAACAAUUUUUUUGAAAUAGAAAUAGAAGAUAAUCAUGAUAAUGUGUGAAAAUGGAAUUAUGCAUAGUUCUCCCCCAAGUUGACAAUGAAGUUUUAAAAAAUAUAAUUUCCACGAAAAUGGUUGUGGUACAUGAAUCCACGUAAAUAUGAAGGGGAAAGAUCACCGGCGCUUCUUGUGCCAAACUGUCUUUUUAGUUUACGCUUUCUGAGCAUUCACGUUUUCCACAUUCUGCGUGUGGACAUCCGCGUCAUCUGGAUCAAAAAAAAAUAAUUGUAGUCUCUUUUUCUUCCUGGCAUAUCGGUAGCUUGGCAGUAAUAAUUAUUAUAUAACUUUAUAGCCUCUAUACGGAAGCAAAAAUAUUAACAGACUCCAAUGUAAGAAUAGUUGUUUAAAUAGCCCUUCCAACCGGAACAACUGGAUUUUUUCUUGGCGGACGCUCAAGUGGUAGAUUACCUUAAUUUUGUUGUAAUUUUGAAAUAAUCAAGCAGUACAGUGUACCAAUGCUUACUUUUUCUAAUGAAUGUAAUGUAAAUGUAGGGACUUCGGAAACACCAGAAAAACUGGUAUCAUAAUUUCUUUGUCAAAUUUGGCGACCUCCAUAUUUUAAUUUACCGAUUAUAUCAUUGUUUGGUAAUCUUACAGUUCAGGUGCUUAUAUUAUUCCUGGGUAAAUUGGAAGAUAGGAUGCCAUGAUUUUCAACAUGGCCGCCAUCUUGGUUGACAAGACGAGUUAAUUCUGUCACUAAUUCUAAGUAAAUGUAUCCCUAAACCUAACCUGAACCCUAAAAUUUAUCCCUAAACUUAACCUGAACCCUAAAUGUAUCCCUAAACCUAACCUGAACCCCAAAUGUUACCCUAAACCUAACCUGAACCCUAAUUCACGGCAACUUUAAUUAACACAUCGUGGCCUCCUAUCUUCCUUUUAGCCUAUUUCUGAUCAAAUUUCGUAUUAUUGCAUGGUAUUUAAACAUAUGUUUAUUCUUCAUUAAAUUAAAUCCAGGCAGUGAUAGUUAACUAAAAACUAAUACUGAAUUAUACAGCGCUUAUUUUAGUUUUAUUUAUUUCUAAAGCGUCUUUGAAAAUCCCCCUACCUUCUAUAGCUUUGUUUGUUUCAUAUUUUUAUCACCCUGUUGCCAGAUUUUUGAUCACCUAUAAGUUAGUGCUAAAUGAAAUUUUCAUAUUUAAAAAAAAUGAAGUGGUGGGGGGGUGUUGAACUUAGUUAGAUGUUCUGUUAUUUAUAGGGGCCCAAAAUUUUUUUUUUUCCUUAUAUGGGGUGUAUAAAUAUAAAUAAUUCCAAACAAAGGCUCCUGCACGGGCAUGGGUGAAUGGAACGAGAUCAAACUUAGUACACAUACACUUGAUUAUCCAUAUUCAAAAACAGGUACUGAACUCAUAACUUUAAUUUUUCCUAAAACUAGCCAAUAUACACGCUAAUUUUAUAUUUAUUUAUUUUGUGAACAUGCUUUUAGUUUCAAAAGUUAAGCAUCAAUAAAUAAUUUUGGUAUAAUUUAUUAUAAAUCUAAUUUCUUGUUUUGUUUUUGGUGAAUAUGCUUUCAGUUGAAAAAUUGCAAUCUGGCAUGUAGGAUGAAUUUUAAAAAAAAAACAAGAAAAUGGAGAGAUUGUUUACGCUAUCGGCUUUGUACCAAGGGGGGCUGUAAAAAUCAAUAACAAGAAAAGUUAGUGCAGUACAAUUUAGUGUUUGUUUUAACUAUCUGGACUAAAUUUUAUAAAGAAUACACGUAAGUUUACAAGCGAUAAUACGAAAUUUGAUCAGAAAUAAUAUAUGCACCUGAACAGCAAGAUUACCAAAGAAUCUAAUAAAUAUUAUAUAUUGUUACACUGGACCUUGUGUUCUAUUUGAGAGAUUCAUACACCCUAUACAACACAAGAGGGCCGUAACAUUUCAAGUAUAGUAAAGGUCAGAACAUAGCUAAUUUGAGUUAUAAACCUUAGUUACAAAUAUGUUUGUGUAAUUCUUAGCAAGAACUGUAGUCAGUAUGUGUUCAUUCAAUUUCUAUUAAAUAUAUUUAAUAUCACUAACAAUGAAGUGUGUCAGUCAUUUUACCCAUUAAUUACUACGACAUGACUUAAUUUAAUGUUUUAACACUUUCUUAAACCAAAUCGGAUGUGAUCUUCUUUGUUUUAUAAAUAAAAUACGUUAAGAGCCAAAAAUGUUUGAAAAUUGUUUAUAAUGUUUUUUAUUUAGAUUGAUUAUUCUGCUUCAUCUGGAAGCAAAAUGGGUGAACCUAAUUUUAAUUUUUAAAACGAGAAAUAGAAAUAGACAUGCACCAGGGGAGGUUUUAAAGUGCCUGACCAAAGCCCCAUAAUUAUAAAUCCCCCAUAGUAAUGCUGACUGAGAAACCAAUCUCAUUGUUUAAACAAUUACAGAUUGCAGAUAUUUUGGCCUAAUAGGGAAACAAUUACCAUGUAAAAUAAAUGACACUUACUAUUUGGGUUUUCAGACUAAUCCAGAAGUUUUCAAGAAGGAAAAGUUUGCAGGCAUAAAUUAUCCUUCUAAUUUUUUUCCAUACAGUUUUCAAGGCUUACUGGGUUUUUAUUUGUCAUUUUUAGUUCAGUUUUUAAAUUCAUCAGGUUGGCAUGUAUAUGUUAUGCAGAAGAAAAAUGUAAAAAAAAUAAAUUAAAAUGUUUUUGUAAACAUUACUGAUGAUACGAAUAAUACAGUACUGAAUACAGAAACAUUUGGUUACCGGAAAUUUGAUCAAAAGAAAUUUCGAUGACGGAAAUUUGAUCGAACGGAAAUUUGGUUGAAUCUUUUUUUUUUCAGUUCACACGUUAAAAUUUUCGUUAAAUUUUUUUUUUUGAACGCACUAUACUAUAUAGUAAAACAAAAUAAUGCAUUCAAAAAGAAAUUUAAAGCAAAAUUUUAAUGUAAAAACUGAAAAAAAGAUUCGACCAAAUUUUCGUUUUAUCAAAUUACCGCGAUCAAUUUACCUUCGACGAAAUUUCUUUCAAUCAAAUUUCAGGAUACGAAACAUUUUCUUUCAUAUUGACAUGACAUAAAAUAACUGUUUCAAAGGGCAAGGCUUAAAAAAUUGAAGACUAGGACUUUAUUUUAUACAAUUAUGUAGUUGAAAUUUGAAAUAUUCUAAACAAAGAAAGUAGGAGUGGUGUUGAUUUAGCAGAUUUUGUGUGUGGGUGUGCCAAGGGGGAUGGGAGGGAGGGGGUUGGUAAAAAUUUAAGUGAAUAAAAUAACACAGCCCUGUUUUAGUAUUGAUGCUGAUGAUGAUUAUAUUGUUGCUUUUUUUUUCAUAAUGAACUCGCUAGACAUGGCAAAUGUACUAUUAACGUAUUCGCAUGUAUUUAAUUUUUAGCAAUGGUUUUGAAAUGUUUAAUUGUGGAGCUGACUUCCUUUCUGUCAUUUCUUAUAAGAAUUCUUAAAAUCAUCGGAGACCAGACCUGGUUUAAGUACCAGAGUCAAAGUCAAGACAGACCCUUUUACUAUACUAUGGAUUAUAUUUAUAAUUCUGACAAUCAGAAAAUACUUAUACAAUUUACAGCUCAGAAACAACAUUCAGGCUCAUCCAUUCCUGUGUCCAGCUGUGUUGCACUAGUCUUAACAAUAAAUAAAUUUUGAGAAUUAAUCAUUAUUGAUAGUUUUAUUACUGUACAUCUUUUUAGGUCUCUCGUGCGAAUGCAUGCCUGGUUAUAGAUAUACAAAGAAUUUUGGAGGAAAUGAGGUGAACUGUACACUUUGCCCUGAUGUGAGUUGAUGAUAUUUUGUUUUGUAUUUAAAAAUGUAUGAUUGACUAUUUUCUGUUAUUUUAUUUUUUUAGCUAAUAAUCAAUAUAGCAUUUUGAAGUAAUCACUUUGUUGGAAUUUCACCAGGCUGUGUCUGAUGAUGGAUGGGAAUGUGUUACCUGCCCGGGUCGUAUCAAUGAGAUGAAAAAAUGUGACCCGUGUCUAGGAAGUAAUGACAUCAGUGGUAAAUACAAAACUAAAAAAAAUUUCAUUUCUUAAGCAUGGAUAUUGUUACUAUUAGUGUGCAGUGAAGUUGCUCAAAGCGGACUGAGAUCGAUGACAACAUUCAUUAUUGGCCUAAGAAUGAAUAUAUUUACCAUAUAGUGCUCAAUAUGUGUAAUAUUGUUCAAUGUAUUAUAGCUUAGUAACAUCACAUACUGAUCACAUAUAAAGCAGUUGAGCUCAGAUCAACUAAUACGGUGACCGGACAACUGAACGCACGACAGGUGAACCUACGACAACUGAACCCAAGACAACCGAACCCAUGACAAGUGAACCACGGACAAGUGAACCCACGGACAAGUGAACCCACAGACAAGUGACCACACUGACAACUGAACCCAUAGACAACCGAACGCACGACAGGUGACCACAAAAAAUAUAAAAAAAUUAAAUAGGAUAAUGUAAAAAAGCCGAAAUGUCUAGAAAACGUACAAUGUAUAGAUUUUCUACUGCUGAAGUAUACAAAUACAACAAAACCUGAAACUUUAGUCUGAGAAAGCCCGGCAACAAAGUUUUUAUCCAAGAAAAAUUACGAACAAGAGCCCUCCUCCCUAAAGUUUUGGGCCAAAAGCGCAACCUUUAUAAAAGUGAGUAUUUUCAAAAUCAUUAUUCCUGUAAAUUAUUCUAGUUACAUUUUUGCUUUUUAGUUUAUAUCUUUAGGCCAUAGCCUCACCAUCACUUUAAAUUGGAUUAAUAAAUAAAUGAAAAGUGUAAGUGGUCACUCAUCAUUGAGCAUUCUCAUUCUCAUUAUAAAUUUUAUAAUGAAUCCUGUGUUUAUGUUGAGUCAUAAGCACUCUUCAAAACGAUUAUAGUACCUACAUAAUCUAUAAAAUAAACGAAGAAAAAAUAUUAUAAUUUCAUCUUUUACAAAAUUAAUAAUUGUUAUAAGUUAUUUUAUUUUUACUAUCAUUGAUCUCAUAAAUAAAUGUAGUUAUAUUUUCAAAUUGUAUUUUUAAGAAAGGCAUAUGCUGAUACUGAUAGUUAUAAUAGCCCAGUGGUCGACAAAUCGCAGCUCAAGAGCCGCAUGCUGUCUUUAGUGACCGGAGGGCGGCUUGGCCAGUCGUCCACAAAAUCGGUUUUGACCCAGAAAAACAUGUUUUUUUUACAGGUUCUUGAAACAAAAUCUGGCUCUCAAAAUUUUUUUAACCGUCCUGCUGCUGCUAAUUUAUUCUUUUGACUAUUGAGUUUGCCGACCACUGGUUUAACCUGUAGCACUUUGGUAGUAUGGCCUGUAAUAAAUAUUAAGAAAUAAAUUAUGAUCAUAUUUACUAAUAAGAAAACAACUUAAAUGCCAAGAUUUUACCUGCCUAAAGCCAAAAGACUGAUAUCCUGGUACUUGACUCUUAAAAUGUUGUUAUAAAUGUUUAUAGGUUGACAAACAUUAUAUAAUAGAAAUGAUUUUAAGUUCCAUUCUAUUCAGAAAAUGUAUCUACUACCUCUACUAGCAGUGAUGAAAUUCAAAGCAUUCCAGACUUUUUUUUACUCUUAGGGCAGAUAUUUGUGUCCUAACAGAUUGAUUAAAAAUGCUUUUGAGUACUUUAUUUUUUGGAUAAGUCUAAUAUCAAAGAUGCAUAUAUCCUUAAAAAUCAGUUUGACUAUAUUUCAUGACUUAAGAUUAUUUUAUUUUUUCCUUUCAUUAAAAUAAUAUUUUGUUAUAUUUUUGUUCUUUUUAAGCUUUUCCUAAUGGCUAUGGAAUUUUCAAAGACUCAAAGAGGAAAUUUGGUAAUGGUAUACAAAGGAUUUGAAUAUAUUAAACAUAGAGAAAGCAAAGACAGUGAUGUGAUGACUUGGAGAUGCAGACAGUAUCAUGCCCGGACUAGUCAUUGCACGGUGUUUAUAAAAACACAUAAAAAUAAUGUUAUUGCAGAGCCAACAACACACACCCAUGACUCGUGUCCACAAAAAGCCAAGGCUAACAUUGCUGUAAGCAAAAUGAAAGAAAGUAUUAAGGCUAUUGGUGCAACACCUAAAAAUGUUAUAGGUAAUGUGCUAAUAAAUUUUAGCAACGAUGUCCUGCAGCAUAUUCCCAAGCAAUCAUCCCUAUCAAGAACUUUAAUUCGACACAGAGAAGAGGUGCAUUUUCCUAUACCAACUACUUCCAGUUUUGACAUCCCACAAAAAUAUCUUCAUUUAACGCUAUAUGACUCAGGAAGCAAUGAUCCAAACAGAAUUCUAGCAAUUGGGAAUAAAGAUUUAUUACUUGAAUUGGAUAAGAAUGAAAUGUAUGGCGAUGGAACAUUUGACAAGGUGCCAAAAUUGUUUUACCAACUUUACACAUGGCAUGCGAAAGUUGGUAAUUCUUACCCUCCAUGCAUAUAUUUUCUUUUGCAAAGAAAAAACCUUCAAACAUAUACCAACAUGUGUGAAAUUUUGAAACAACUUUUGCCAAACUUAUCCCCUCAAAAAGUUUUGGUAGAUUUUGAAAAAGCCUGUAUGAGAGCAGUUCUUACAGCUUUCCCAAGCGCAGAGGUUAAGGGUUGUUAUUUUCACUUAUGCCAGAAUUUGAUAAGAAAAAUUAGUUGUGUUGGCCUAAAAUCUGAUUUUGAGGCAGACAUUGAACUUAAAUUGAAACUAAAAUCUCUGGCAGCCUUAGCAUUUGUACCCAUAAAUGAUGUGAGAGCUGUGUUUGAUACUCUUGCUGCAACAUUCCCAGAUGAUGGAAGGUAUAAUGAAGUUCUGACCUAUUUUUUUUCAACUUACAUUGAAGGUGCAAUAGGUAGAGAGCCACAAUUUCCAAUAAAAAUUUGGAAUCAAUAUGAUGCUGCUAUGGAAAGGUCACCAAAAACUACUAAUUGUUGUGAAGGAUUUCACAAUGGCUUAAAUGCAUUAUUUCAUUGCAGCCAUCCAAGUAUCUGGAGUUUAUUUGAGGGCCUUCAGAAGGAUAUAUCUUGUCAUAGGCUCACUUUGGCAAAAGCACAAAUGGAUCAACCAGAAAAAAAAAAGAAGAAAUAUACACUUCUAGAUGAUCAGGUGGCAUUAGCAGUUCAGGGAUAUGAAAAUAAACAUGAUAAGAUAGCUUACUUGCGCAGAAUGGCAAAUCUGCAAUGAAUUAAAAUUCAUUAUUCAGAGUUAUUUUUCAUGAAUUCAGAUAUUAUAUUUGAUAAUAAAGAUAUUCUAUAUAAUGCUAUGCAUUCUUCCUUUUUUUUUUUCAAUUUUCUUUUUAAUUUGUUGUAUAUUUUAUAAUAAAUUUUUUUAAAAUUAUAAAAUAAUUGUUGAGCACUUUUUAUCCAAUAGACUUCAUUAGAGUACUAAAUUAGACAAGUCAUUUUGACAAAAAUUUCACAAAGUAGUAAGUAUGAAAAACAAAAAUAAAUAAAAUUUUAAUUAAACAAAAUUCUUCAUUAUCUCACAUAAACCAUAGUCAAACAUUCCAUGAAAAAUAAAAAUGUAUCUUGUGUAACAUAAAUUUGCCAAAAUUUCACCAACUUAUAAGAAUAUGUCUUAAACUUAUACAAUAGACUUGGAUAUUGACUUAAUAGUUUUGUGGUAAAAAUGUAAUUGAAUUUAUUUUGUUUAAAAUAUUUUUAAUACAAACCAGAAUUAAGUUUUUUUACUUAUAAGAAUAUGUCUUAAACUUAUACAAUAGACUUGGAUAUUGACUUAAUAGUUUUGUGGUAAAAAUGUAAUUGAAUUUAUUUUGUUUAAAAUAUUUUUAAUACAAACCAGAAUUAAGUUUUUUAAAUAUUGUAACAUACUAAUACUAGCCUACUAAUCCUUGAGUUUACACUAGCUAAAUAGUAAAAUUAAAAUGAUUCAGUAAUUACUUGUUGAAUUAGAUCUUUGACAAUACUGUCACUGUGCAUGGCUCUCUGAUCUAUCUACUUAACUAUAUGCCUUUAUUAUACUAUACUAACACUAUGCAAACUGAACAAAUAUUUCUAAGAACUAGUACUAGUAUGCAUUUUGGUAUAAUACCUGAAUGUAUAAUAUAAAUAAUAUAUAAAUUAGAACUUGUUCUGGACUUCAGUUUCAACAUAAGAAUAGUUAAUAUGUAACUUAAUAAUCACAAUAUAAUAUAAAUACUCAAAAAAUAAACAUGUGAAAUUAAAAUUUAUUUGAUUUAUAAAUAAAAUUAACACUACAACAUAGAUCACCAUUACAAACACAAGAUGAUUUAUUCUUGUUAAUAUGCCUAAACAAUAUUUAAAAAACCCAUUAUAUUAUACAUAUUAUAGAAACUAUAUUAUAACUUAUUAAAAUAGUGUCAUCCUAUUCUUAGUGGGCCUUUGAUACCAAGAGGUUACAUUAAAGUGGUGUUAGGGUAAUAACUAAAAAUGGUAGCAUGUUCCAAGACACUUUACUUUAAUCAACCUAUACUAUAACUUUAUAACACAGUAAAAGGGGGGAGUCUAGGCUUUAUUGGUUUUUAUUUAGGAUAAAAAAUGACUUUUAUAAGGGUUCUUGGUUUCGUUAUCUAAACUGUACGUUGUCUAUUUUUUCUAUACAAUAAAUUAAUAAUAAUGGGAGUUAAAAAAUUAUAGGAAAAAGUACCGGGUAAUAAAUAAAAAAGUCCGAAAAUACAUUAAUUUAUAUUCAUUAUAACUUAAUAUAACUACUAAACACGUUUGUUAGACGCUAUUUAUUUCGCAUAGUUGAGCAAUGCAUCAAUUCAAUUAUAAAUUAAUAAAAAUCAACACUCUUAAAAUAUUCCGAAUAGUAUGGUAUGCCUCUGGAAAGUAUGUCUUGAGGCAGGUAAAAAUGUAAAAAGACCACUUUAUUUUUUGUAUAGUAAUAGUAGCGGAGAACCGAAUUUCAAAAUAUGGAAAGAAAACUUAAAAUUAAGCUUAGGGCUAGGGCCUACUUGUUUACGACGAUAGUGUCGAUGUUAGCAUUGGGCAGUACGCUCAUAUUAAAGGCAAAGGCGACAUAAGGAAUACAUUUCAUUAUCAGAGUCGCACUGAGACUGAGAGGGUCCGUAAGUUGACAUUUCUUGACAAUAACAAAUAACUCGUUCUAAUUCUAAUUGCAAAACCAAAAUAAUUUGCCAACUAUAUUAUUACUCGUUUUUUAAUAAUUUUUUUAAAGCCGCAAUGCUUUGCAGAGUAGAAUUAUUUUUUAACGUAAAUUUAUUAACCAAUGAAACUAAUUAUAAAAAUGUAUAUCAUAUUAUUCAUAUGUAUUUAAUCAGUAGAAAAUUUUAGGUAGGCUACAUUUUCUAGGCGUUUCGGAAUUUUAAAAUUUAAUACUAAUUCUCUUCAAUUUUAUUAUUUUUGUGGUCACAUGUCGUGCGUUCAGUUGUCUAUGGGUUCAGUUGUCAGUGUGGUCACUUGUCUGUGGGUUCACUUGUCCGUGGGUUCACUUGUCCGUGGGUUCACUUGUCAUGGGUUCGGUUGUCUUAGGUUCAGUUGUCGUAGGUUCACUUGUCGUGCGUUCAGUUGUCUGGGAACCACUAAUACAUAGUACUUAGCAAUGAAAUACUAAUACAUAAUAUUUAGAAAUGGAAUUUAACAAAAUAAAUACGGAAACACAAACAUAGAUAGACAGCAAACACACAGAUAAAAAAAAAAUUUUAAAAAGAAAAAUAAUAAUAGAUUAAUAGGCUGAUUUUUACGGAUAUACCUGGCUGACUUAACGAAUCUUGCUGCUAUGAUUUGUCUCUCAUUUAUUAUAUGUUCUUUUGAUUGAACAGUUAAAAAUUUUGAGCUACAAAGAUAUCUCAAAGUUUUAAACACUGGGAAACUAUAGUGACAGUCUAACAUUUAAACAUUCAACAAGGUUUCUUUCAUUUAUAGGAGCAAUUAACACUCCACUACCAUUCUUAAGAAGCAAACUGAAAUUACAUUUGCAUAUGAUAGAACGCAAAGAAUUAUCUAUAUGAAUAUAGUAAUGACAGACAAGCCAGACUUUAACUGGUCCCCUAAUAAGGUAGAGUAGAUAACAUUUGAGCCCUUCCAAUUCUAUGCUAGAGUGAAGUCAUAGGGUCACACAAUUCGAUAGAGUAUAGUUGAGGAUGGUGACGAAUUGAGACUCAUAUAGGGAGGAAUACUAAAGCUGUUUAUUCAUAUUUUUUUAAAUUUAAGGUUUUGUUUCCCAUGCAAAUUAAACUAUACAAAAAGAUAAUCAAAAUAUUUGGGGACUAUCCCAUUAAAUCUCGUUCAAUGAUGGCACACCAAUGAUUUUAACAAAAAAUUAAAAUGAGGGCCAUGAAUAAAUUUUGGCCUCCCCUUAAUAAAUUUGUGAUACCCCCACCACAGCAAUGACUAUUACAUUUUUUAAAUAUUUUUUUUGGCCAAUUGUGCUAUUUGUUCCUUUCAGUUUCAGAAUUAGAUUUUGUUUUGUUUCAAAAGUUGACUAUCCUCCUUUAUCAAAUUGGAGGGGAUACUACAUAAGCCCCCAGGGAGUUAUAAAUGAUUUUUAAAAAAAAGCAAAUUAAAACUAAGCAAAUUAUAUCUCUACUGACAUAAGCUGUGGAUCAUCUGAUAUCAUGAUUCAUUUACUUUUCAGUACUUCGUGAACUCAAUGGAGGCUAUGUCAGCAGUACAUCACCUGCUGUUACAUGUCAGACUUGUAAUGCAGUAACUCAACCAACUGAUGAGAAAAACAGGUGAUGAUGUAAUUAAAGUCUAUAUAUUCUAAUGAUAUGAGAACUAGAAUUGUAAAUUUCAUUGAUAAAGAUGAAUUAUACAAAGAUGAAUUAUACAACCAAAAAUGUAUGCCCGUUGUGGAUGUUUUAAAAAUGGGUCUAAAAGAGAAAAAAGCAACACCACUUUCAUUUUUGGUUAAACAUUGGUGAGGGAUAACCAAAGCUUUUUAUUUAACAACUUACAUGCCUAAAAAAGAUUUUGAUAGACGAACUUUACUAAAGCUAGUUUAAAUGUUUUAUAAAUAAUUAUGUUUUAUACCAGAUGAAAGUUACUGUAACAUUUGUAAUACAUUUUUAACUUUUUAACAUUCAAUAUAGAUUUAGAUUUUUUUUUUCUAACUUUAACACUUAAGUUUAAAAAAAAUAUAAUUAUAAGUUUUAAGGAGAUGAAGAAAAGAACUUUGGAUCCUACUUUUAAGUAGGGUCUGUGUAAAUUAAUGCAGACCUGUUUACUCUUACGAUAUUUGCGUACAAUGUACGAUUUUGAGGUGUAUACAUUAUUUAUACUUUGUGUUUAUUUUUUACUAUUAAGAUAAUGUAUUGAACGAUUUUGUUGUGAUAUUGUACGAUUUUAAGAGUUUGGGGGUAAACAGGUCUGUUAAUGACAAUUUAUUACAUUUGUUAUCUUCUUUAUUCAUAUUUGUUGGCAUGUUGGAGAAGCAGAAAUGUUCUAUUUGUAAUGUCAUGCUGGGUUGAGUGGGCUACAGCUUAGGGAUUACUUUCGCAUUUCAUUCCACCUGGGCCCCAUACAUUCAAAGGUUUUGAUGACCAUAUUAGUUCUUAGUUUUUGAAGACCCUAUUCUUCCAUAGCUUUCGAUGACCUUAUUCUUCCAUAGCUUUUGAUGAACUUACACAAGGGUUGGGGGUAUAUUUUGCCUUAUUAGAAUUUAUCUAUAAAUAUUUGUACAAAUAUCUGUGAGGAGUAAACAAUACAUUUUUUUGUUUGGGAAUUAAAUCAGUGGGUGUAAGGGAAGUAAAUCAAUGUGUGUAAGGGAAGUAAAUCAAUGUGUGUAAGGGAAGUAAAUCAUUGGGUGUAAGGUCAAAGUUGAACAAUAAGGCUACACCAUAUUCAAGGAAGUUCUAUAUUUACUUGUAGUUUUAUUAAAUUUGGUCAGCCCUUUGCAUGUAUAAAUUAUUAUUGUGCUAUAUAUAUAUAAGUAAUGUUUUUUUUUGUUCACUGCUAAUUUUUAAGGUGUGAGAGAUGCAGUAUCACCUUAAGUUUAUCAGCUAGUUCCACAUGCACUUGUGAUGCAUCAACAGAAAAAAAGGUUACCACAGGAUUUUCAAAUUUAAAAAAAAAAAUAUAUAUUGUAUCAAUGACCUGCCAAGUUAUAGCAGACUUAUUAAAAUCUCAUUUGUUCCAGUGCCAAACAUUUUCUCUCUGUAUAUUUAAAAAAAAAAAAAAAAAAAAAUUAACCUCAUUUUAUUUGUGCAAAUAAAAUUAAAAUUUAAAGUAAAAAAAAUUAGAAAAGUGCUAUGCACAACCAGCUAUGCUGACAUAGUGAAUGUAUGCCUAUAAAGUAUGUGAACAGUUUUAUUAUUAUAACUUAAUUCAACUUUUUCUUACCCGCUAAAAUCUUUGUCACAGCUGAAUGGUGUUUGCGUCCUGUUAGCCAACACAAUAGUGAAUCCCAGUGCCUCCUUGUUCUUGAUACCAUUAGAGGUAGGAGAAGUGCUCUGAAUGGAUUUUGAAUUGAUUUUAAUAAUUUUCUAGGAAUCCCAUUACAUACUUGCUGUAUUUGUUAAGCGGACGGUGGUAAAAUUUUCAAAAUUAAAAUCCAUUCACUAUACCCUGUAGGUUAUUUGAGUCAGAGGCAUAGCUAAUGUGUUUGAUGCCCGGGGACAAGGGUUAAUUUUCAUGCCAGCCCAGCCCCCCUCUCAUCCCCACAACUCUGACACCCAUUAUUUUCGUCAAUAAAAUACCAUGAAAGCACAUUGUGGGGCCCCACCGGUCUGGCACUCCCUCUGCCCCCCACCCCCAGCUAUGCCUCUGCUAGGAACAAAAAAAUUCAGCAAUUAGAAAAAAUGUAUAUCAACCUUUGUCAUUAAUUAAUCUGUAAAUUUACUUACAAAUGAAUCAUUUUAAAAUAAUUUUGCAAUCGUGCCUUUAUAGAAUUCCAAUGCAUUGUAUAAAAUUUUGUCAAUUACACAAACAUGUAAAAAAAAUAUUAUAUUACUUUUUGGGGUUGUCUUUCAGAAUGACGAAACAGGUGUUACAUCUUCAUAUCUUCAAGACAAUUUGGAAGCUGCUUACACCUUUUGUAGGGUAUGCACUGUGAAUAAUUAACAUACAUUUUUAUAAGAUCAGCUCUUCUGUCUGCUUCAAAAUCUGAUUUGCACAUGUGGUGAAACUUGUUGAUAGUAGAGCCUUAUAUAUUUUCUGUGGCAAUUUAUUUAAUUAAUUAAUACACCAUGUGACUUGAAUUCUUUUUUCUGCCAUUUUCUGUCAUUUUUUUAAAAGUUAAACGAGAACACUUUUAAUGGGAACCAACAUUUUUUAUGUCCUAAUUUGAAAAUCCCUUGAAAUAAUGUUAAAAAACUGAAACCUUUUGUAAAUUUCCCUCGUUUAGUAUUACAAGAACAUAACUGCAUGCCAGUCUCUGGCUAACAUGUGUGUGCUCAUCAUGUAUAGAGGUGGUCGUGUUCAAACUGUAACCACGCAACCUCAGGCCUGCUUUUACUUUCUUCAACUUGAGUAAGUUAUUUUCAUUCCUUGAUUUGCUGUUUUUAAAAAAUAUAUUUUUAAAUGAUGCCAGCCACUGCACAAGGUAUUACUUAAACUCAUCUACAGACAGAUAAUUGCAGGUUCCCCACUCAAUCACGAAAACAGGAAAUAGUCGCGAAUUCAUUAAAUAAUUUUCCCGGUCUUGAAAACAGGAAAAAUGAGCUUUCUAGUAAAGGAAAUUUGCGGUUAGUUUGGAAUUUUUUAAAUUGAAAAAAAAUAAUAAUAAAUUUGGAUUCCAUGAAAAUUAAUGUAAAUUGCAGAUCUUAUUAUUCUUAUGUUAUCAAAAGGACUUUGCCAGAUCGCUAGUGGUUUCCCCUUAACUGUGCAUGCAUUUUGAGCUUUACAAGUUUCCAAAAUGAAAUUUCGUGCCGUACGACUUUAAUAGACCAGAAAUAUUUCUUUUCUGUUCAUUCCGCCGAUCAAGAGAUUUUUGGGUAAGUAAAGUGUUAAAUAUGGUAAGUAAUUGUUUGAAUCUCAUUGUUAAUUUUGAGGUAACCAUUAUGAGUAGAAAACUACUUGUCCUAGCACUGUCUAAAAUGCCUACUGUUUUACUGUAGGUGUAAUUUAAAAAUGCUACUGCUAUGCCUGAUUCGAAUUAGCAAUUCAAUAAUAAUAGUAAUGAAAGAAGCUUUCGAUAUUAGUGGUAGCCCUACCCCAUGACCAAAGUAGAGGAAUUUGAUUUUUAAAUGUAGGCCUUUAUAUAUAACAAAAAGAUUGGCAUGUAUUUUUAAUGAUUUUUAAGGCUAGGCAGCCUUUAAGUGUAAGUGAAGUUCACUUUACAUUUAAUUAUGUAGCAGGCCUUCUAAAUUUAAAUAGACUAAUACAAUUAAGUUAUUUUGUGAUAUUAUUUUUUGCAUAGCAUAGUUUACUGGUUUACGGCUGACUUAGGAACUUCAUUUAAAAGUUAUUAAAACUUGAUUUUGAUACACCCAUGCAAUGAGCCUAACAUAGCUGUAUAUAGUUAUUCUUUAUUUAUAGUUAUGUACUUCUGUACCUUGGGUAUACUUGAGGGUAUUAUUACUAUUAUUCAUAAGCACAGUGGCAUAGGAAGGAUUAAUGGGGGGGUGGGGGGAUGCGACAGGGGGGACUUUGGUGGUUUGGUCAAUGAUCCGUUCCCCUGUGGAAAAUCCUGACUGUGCCAUUUCAUAUGCAUGUGCCUAUCUUAGUAUCUCCUCUGACUCUGUAUUACCGUAGUCUAGUACCGGUAAAAUAUAUAUUACAUGAUGUAUGCCUCAUUAUAAAUUAUAAACCUAAUAUGAUAAUAUAUAAUUUUUUUUUCACUAGUCAGGAUCUAGACUCAAUAAAAUAAUGCCACAAUGCCCAACAGUUCCUUUAAAGACUGAUGUUCAGGACAGCAAUCAUGAUUGAACAAGUCAUCACUGAUUCACUAUGCUGGAAAUAUUGAUAUCAAGUAUUCAAGGGAAAAUGUUUAAAAAUGUCAUGCAUCUGAUGAGACUUCAUCUAUCUAGUUCAACUUCAGCUUUACCUACUAUCUUAGGUGUCCACUUCUGCAACUUCACAGUCAAGUUCCCUAUUUAUGUGUCCAAAUAUGAAACCCUAAUUGGAGAGAUUUUGUAGACACUUAAGUGUUAACUCAAACUAUCCAUUUUCAUCACAAGAAGAAAACACUAACUCCAUAUAAGAAAAGAUACUUUCCACUUGUGGCAGCUUCUAAAAUGCCCUGGAGAACAAAUUGCAAAAGUUGCCCUUGCACUUUAAAAGUAAACAUCAACAAUUUUUCAAGUGGAAGUAAUAAUAAUUUAAUAAAUAUUUACAUGUAUACACCUUUAUUGUUUAAUUUUGUUCAUCUGUGUUGCAUUUCAAUGUUAUUUUUACUUGUACAAUUUCAUGCUUGCUUUUAUAUUAUCAACAAAAAUGCAGCUUUGCAAUAUUCAGAAAUCUUUUUGUUAUUAGUUGGGAAAAUUUGGGAAAAAGUAGGGAAUUGUGUUUUUAAAAAAGAGUGGGAACCCAGUAAUUGUACUUAAUCAUUUAGUGGUAAAAUUGGGUAUCUACUGGUUAGAUAAUUUCAUUAGAUCACAUGCAAAAAUAUUUUAUGAAGUGUAGUUAAAUUCUGCUCUUCCUUCUCAAUUUCAUAAAAUUAUCAAAGAUUCAUCGUGAAGUACUGUUUUGUCUGAGAUUUCUCAUGUCACAUCACAUAAUUCUCACAUUUCCAUCUAUUUUAGGAACAGCCCUUUCUAUGAUUACAAACCUCAAAUUUAUGUUGAGCAAGAUGCAGAUAAUGAAAUCUACUCUGAGCAACUUAGGAUCCAGUGGACUGUUGACCCCAUCAUGAAGUUCCCUUUCCUCGUCGGCCAGUUUUCACUAGAAGGAACGUUUGAAGGUUUCCAGGAAAUGACGGGCAGUUUCCUGCAGCUGUGCCAGGCUGAGGAGAAAGUGCUGAAUUCCGCUUUUGUGUUCGGUACAUAUUAUAAACAUACGGUAGGUUGUUUUGUUUUUUUACUAUGCAUUUGCAUAAGCGCUCUUUGAACCAAAGUUACAGUGCCCAAAGCUUUAGGACUUAAAUUAAAGCGCAAAAGAACUUGCAUGCAAUUUUUUGCUCUACUCAAAAUUUUCUUCUAUUUUGAAAUAAGGCUGAAAUUGGUGUAUUUAUUUACAGUAUCACAAAAAUACUUACCUCAUUUGCGCUUGAUUUUUAUUGAGUGUAAUUCCCAUCAGCUGUGUUUAUUACUUUUUUUUAUAUAUGUCUUUUCUAAAAGAAAGUUUUAUUUUUUAUAAAUUAAAAAAAUUAGAUAACAGCCUGUUUGUAUUUUUUUACUUUAAAAGUGAAAUAGUGUGAAUUUAAAAUCAAAACUAAAUGCUACCAUAGAUUUUUGAAGGUGGGUUAUGAAUGUUUGAGAUAGUGCUAAAUAUCCCCCAGGCCUCUGUGAAAGCCAAAAUCACAAAUUAUAAUUCUCUAGCUAUGCUCUAUGGCUGUAAUGCUGUGUUCAAUACUGCCCCAAAUAAAAUUCCCAGAAAACCUUAUAAAGUGUGUCACUUGAAUGCAAGUUUUGUCAAGUAGCUUUAGUAGAUUUAUGAAGUACACGGCAUGCCACCGCCAUUGUUUGGCACAAUGGCGGGUCAUUUCUAGUUAUACAAGAAAAUCAGCAAGUAAUGCAGAUAGACAAUCUUAAAAUCAUUCAGGUGCUUCACAUGUUUUGAGAAAAAAUGGUUUUUAAUAUGAAUAAAUUAACACUUCAUGUUUAGAUAUUACAUUCACAAAACUGUCCAUGUUUUGAAUGUCUUUAUGUAUAUGUUUUGACUGGACAUCUUUAAACUUGCUUAAAGUUUUAAGCGUACACACCGCCAAUGCUGGAACAAUCCAUGGUGUAACUGGGGUAUUACUUUUUAUGAUGACAGCACUACUGUGAUUAAUCUCUUAUGUCCUUAUUUUCUCCUGGGCAAAAUAUGAAAAACGUGUAACAAAAUGAGUUCCAUCAGUUCCAGACUGAUGACCCUGUCAUUAUCUUAUUUCAUUCAUUCCAUGUCAGUUAAAUAAUAGGAGCUGUGCUAGCUACUGUUGCUCAGUGUUGUCACUGUGACAUUCAUUCAAUUCUUUUCCAGUCAAGUGCCAUAAACAAACAAAGCACAGACUAAACGUCAGUUAUCUUUUCAGUGUUCUAUCUCAGCCCUGACGCUGUGGGACCAAGUCAAAUAUCCACUCAAGUUUUAUGAAAUCUGUAUCCUUUAAAACAAAGUUAGGCUUACAAAUUAAACGCCAGCAUCAUUAUUGCAAUAUGUUAAAUUACAAUUAUUAUUUGAUAAAAUUAAAGCUUAAGGGUUUUACAUGUUAUUUAAUUGAAUUUAAAUAUAUCUUGUUGAUCGUUUUCUAGUUUUCUAUCUUUCCAUAUGUAAGCUACACUUAAUGAAAAUGAAGUACUUAAUAACUAUUUGUGUCACGAUUCCAUCUACAUUUCAAAUUUCUCCUUGGUACCUAAACCAAUGCCAUAUAAAAUCCGUAACAGAACACAAUAGAUUUGAAAUAUACUGAUACAACUCAAAACCCAGCCGUAGAAAAUCUUUACAGGAUCCCUCUGAAAGUACUCAACUUCAGAGACAGCCGCAAUGAAAAGGCAAAUCAAGGCAAGUAACUGUCAUUCUAGUACAUUGAACAAAAGAGUUGAGUCAUCUUCUCAUUUGUAAAUUAAGUUGUUGUCCCCGCCCCCCUCCCCCUAUUAAAAAACAACAACUUUUGACAAGAUUUCUAUAUUCAGGAAAGAUUGUCUCCCUCUAACCCGUAACUCAGUUCAGAACUCAGAAAUGACACAUGCCACAGGUUGACAUUCCUUUUAAAAUCUAUUUAAAUUGUAUUGUUUUACUUGACUGUGAUUCUUGAAUCUUUCCAUGCCAAGGGGUCUCCACGUUUGUGCCAGACUGGUUUUUGGCAAAUGGAAAUAUUUUAGGGUGCUCUUAUCAAUUAAUGAAUAUUGAAUGCCCCCUUUUUUUAGCAAGAUAGCUGUAUUUCAUAUCAAAUUAAAGGAAAUUGAACAGAGAAUAAUAAUAUGUAAAAGAUAAAACAAUAAGACAAUAAAAAUUUGAAUUUUAUUGGUAAUGUUAUGAGAUCAAAAUUAUUAUUUUUUUUUUAAAAUGCUCACCAAACCUGAACUUAUCAGACUACUUUAUGGUCUGUGUACCUGGUAUCCUAUUCUUCUUCAAUCAUCAGAAAGUAUAUCCAUUUUUUAUAAGAAUGCAUUUUACAUUUUGAAAAUAUUCCAUUUAAUGACAGGUACACACAUUUCUUUGCAUAUGUAUCUAUUCAAAAAUGUCAAACACAUUAUUUACCAAAUAUUUUACUUUGGUACAGAUUGUCUUCUGUGUGGUCCUUUCUGAAGCACUCCAUUACAAACAGAUGGGGCCUUCCUGUGCAUCAGAUGCACACAUAGCAGCCGCGUUUGGUUAUUUUGUGCACUGAACAAUAUGCACACUGUCAAUCAUGCCAGUAAUAGUCAAACAGAUGGUUAUUUUCACUGAGACGCUCAUCUGCCCUGUUGAUGGACGUUUUGCCUGGUUUUGAUGGGGUGGGCACUAGGGGAAUGAUUGUUUCAGAGUUCUGGGUUUUAGAAACUAUUCCUCCUGCAUCUUUUCUGCUUAAUUUCCAACUUCUCUUUUUAGGUACAGGAGUGGUAUUAUCUAAAUCCUCAAUUUCACCUUAGUUAAAAAAAAAAGUGGUUUUGAAAAAAUUAAUAACUUUUGAACCACUUGAGCUAGAAAGUUGAUUUUGGUGUUUUAAAUAAUCCAUUCCCUUGGCUCUAUAAAGCUGUGGUAUGUUUGUAUAUUUUUUUAAAAAUUUGAAAUUUUUAACAAAGUGCCGUCUGUCAUCAUUAUUGCAAUCACUAUUCUAUUUCCAUUUGGCAUUUAGAGAACUAUCAGAAAGCUGAAAAUCAUCACUGGAAACAGAUUCAAAUGAUUUAUGGUUAUUGUCCACUGUUUUACCAUCAAUAAUUAGCAAUAAAGGCUCUUUUGUUUGCAAACUUGACGACCUACAUGGUCUAGCAACAGCUGAUGUGCUUGGAGUAGGCGUGGCAUUGUUUUGUUUACAAACUUGACUACCUACGUGGUCUAGCAACAGCUGAUGUGCUUGGAGUAGGUGUGGCAUUGUUUUGUUUACAACAGUUUUAACACAAAUUGAAGAAAAAGGUUGCUACUUCUAACAGGAAGGAAGUAAGAAGAGUUAUCGUUCAUUUGAGAACAUAAAAAGUAUGGUUGAUAGCCGUAGACAACAAAAUAAACUACAGAAACUAUGUCGACGACCAGUUUAAUCGAAGAUAUAUCAUCGAUUGGCACGUAAAGAGUUAAGUUCCCAAUAAUUUGCAGGUAGUGCGUUUGUUGUACAAGAGUUGCUCCCCUUAACUUCAACAGACGAAGUAUGCUGUUAUUUUAAUCUCCUUUCUACUUUUACAUAUGUGCUAGUAGGAAAUUAUUUUCAAUUUAUUUACCAAAAUCUCUUUGUGUUCUUUUUUUUCCUUUCAGGUCCAAUACGUGACUGGCAGUUAACUCGACGGUUUUUCCUCGUGGAUAGUGUAACCACUCAGAGAAGUGAAGAUCUAACUGGUAUGUAUGGAAUAAUGUUCCCUCUAACAAGUAAUAUAUUUUACAACUGUCUUACACAAAGAGUUUCAUUUAGCAGAAGCUUCAAGGGCACCCCCUGUCAAAAAACCCCUAUGUCAUUCAGGGCAUGCCAGGAAAAGAGUCUAUAAAUAUUUUGCUUUUUUUAAUCUUCAAAUUUGAAAUACCAAUACCAUUUUACUUGUGUAGGGGUGAAAGACUUGGUCAAACACUUCAUAGAUUAGGCUGUGUAAAAUUUUGUAUAAAAUCAUUUUAAUGUGAACUUCACAUGUGCCCAUCAAUUAUAUAUCAGCAUAUCUUUACACAUGUGAUCACUUUUUUGUCACUCUAUUCUAUACAGUUAGCGUCUGUGCUCAGAAAGGUGCUACUUAUGUGAGAUUUGCUAAAGAUAUUCACCUUCAUGUCGAGCUGCAGUCAGACUCAGCGGAUGGCUACACCUACAUACCUUACUUUGAUAUUACCUAUGAUGAUGUACCCAGGCAAACAGCUUGUGAUGGGAAAACUGUUGAUGUAAGUAUUAUUUCAAUGAGAACCAUUGUCUGUGUUCAGGGUACCUGGUCAUUUGUGAAUAGGAAAAAUUCUUUUUAGGAUAUUGCCGUAUUCCUCAAUCAGGCAAAUAUGAUAAUCCAUACACUUAGUGUAUUACAAACCUCGCCCACCCUUUUUAAAACUUUUAAAAUUAUUUUUCUUGUUCAUACCUUCAUAGAGUCAUGGUAAAAAUUAAAGUAAAACUAAAAUCUUUUAUAAAUGUAUAGAAUUUAAAAAAAAACAGAAACAAAGGUCUUUAAAAUAAUGUAGUCUAAAAUGAACACUGAGAUUUGUUCACGUGUCUGGUGAGGCAAGACAAGGAGCAGAUAAUCACAAAUGAUAAUUCUCUAGGGAUGCCUGUGUGGCUGUGGUUAGCACUAAUUGGUAUCCUCAUACAGAGUGCUCCUUGAAUGCAUUUUUUUUUUUGAAGUAACCUUAGUGGAUGGAAAGUUCAUGAAUUGCCGGUGCCCUCUAAAUUAUUAUAUUGAUAGCCAGUUUGUCUGUCCGCAGGUCAGUUUCCAGGUUAGCUACACCAUGAGUCAAAGCACCUACACCAGAAACUUCCAGAUUGCGACAGGAACUUUAAGCGCACUGGGACUUUUGUAUGCUGGAUUCCGUACAUAUGUGUGGAGCAGACGUGCGGGGCGUAUCAGCAUAGAUUUUCCAACUCUGGCCAAUUUUAUCUUUUUCCUGUGUGGGUCACUGUCCAACUGUUUCUUCGUCAUCAUUUACGGCGUUGCCUUUUACUUCUUCAUCUUUUACAAGGUCAGAGUUCAUCUUUAUAACAUGAAGUGAUGUACAGAAUGAAGUCAUGACUUGUUGAGGGCUAGGGGCCUAGUUAAUAUUUAGCAAGUUAAGUGAUAUAUUAUGGUUUGAUAUCAUAAUUUUUAGGGUCUGUGACCAAGUUAACAUUAAAAUUGAUCAUAUAUGGUUGUGAUCUCUUCACUCUUAUUAUCAGAGAUCAAAGUCCUUUAUUUUUAUAACUGGCUUGGUUUUUCAUGAACAUCAAAAUAAGUUCAUAAUUUUAGAUUAAAAAAAUUUGAGUGAGUUGGUUUUCUUGAGUAUCAAAGUAAGUUCAUAUUUUCAUUUAUAAAUUUGAUGAUCACUGUAAUUUUAAAGGCAUGAGUCUUUUGUUUGAAAAAAAGCAAAUCAUUUUCUGUUUCAUACAAAUAGCACUCAAGCCUACAUUCAGUACACCCUUCUCCCACAUAAGUAAAAAAUAAUUAAAAUAUAACUCCAAUUUUGUUCAUCACAGCAGAGGGUUUCAUGAUAGCCUUGUCUAAAUUGCCCAGGUUUUAAAAUUCUUUAAAGGUUGAGAGUUUUUUUUAGUGAUUAAAAUUUUAAGAGAUGAAAUGUCUUAUGGAUUAAGUGAAUUAUUAUUGAAUUAUUUUACUUACUGGCAUUUGUGAAUUAUUUUUCAAAAUAAGUUGCAAAUCAAAACUUUAUGAGUAGAUAUGUUUUUUUAAAUUAAUGUUCUUGAAAACUGUUUUACAAAUUCUUCAAAAGUUUUUUAAAUAACUUUUCUCAAAAUAUGUAUUUACACUCUCAGCGGCAAAAUGUGAUUUAUAUUGUCCACCCCGAGGGCCAGGCUUAUGAGGAUUGGAUAGCGCUGUUUGGCGCAGCAUUCGCCCUGAAAGCCCUGGCCCUGAUCCACAUGAUCAUCAUGCAGUGCUCCGUGGAUAUCUUCAUGGUGGACUGGGAGAGACCUAAAGGCACGGGUGGCAGCAGUGGAGAUGCUGGCAAGAAACAACCCAGCACCGUGUCCAUCUGGAGGACCUACUUUGUGGCCAAUGAGUGGAAUGAAAUCCAGGUACUGCUACUCUUUUUUUUUUUUUUUUUUUUUUGCUUACAGUUUUAAAGUAUCUUCAUUGGUGGUUAGCUAAAGAUCAAUCAGUUUUAGAGAGGGUCAAUACAACUGGGCAGUUUCUUUUGGCAUUGCUUGUUGAAAAAGGCCCCAUGUAAUGUCUGAGUAAAUCUUUAUAGAUUUUAUUUUUGUUAACCAAGCUGAACUUUUAAUUAAAAUCUAACUGAGUGAUGAUUCUCAAACUGAGGUGCAUAUAUACCUAUAGGGCACAUAAAAUAUUUCCAAGUGUUACACUGGGUUGUAACAAAGAAAUUCAAGUAGAACCCGUCCAAAGGGUGGCACAUGAAUUGUAAGCAGGUCUUUGAGGGCUACACUAUUCCUUAUAUUUCCCCUUUAUCUAAAUUAUAAUUUUUUUUCUAUCAUGACAGACCAAGCGUAAAAUAAAUCAGGUCUUCCAAAUCUUUUCCGUUGUGUUCUUCCUCGUCGUUGUUGGCUUUGAGGACACUGCCACCAAGGACCCCGAUGGAAGUGUUAACAAGGGUGCUGAUGUUUACAUGAGUGAACAAAGUGCAAUGUACCGAAUGGCUUUAGCUGCCACAAUCUACUUAGUUAUUGGUGAGCAUGACUUUAGCUAUCACAAUCUACUUAGUUAUUGGUAAGCAUGGCUUUAGCUAUCACAAUCUACUUAGUUAUUGGUGAGCAUGGCUUUAGCUAUCACAAUCUACUUAUUUAUUGGCGAGCAUGACUUUAGCUAUCACAAUCUACUUAGUUAUUGGCGAGCAUGACUUUAGCUGCCACAAUCUACUUAGUUAUUGGUGAGCAUGGCUUUAGCUGCCACAUGGGGAAAACGUGAGGGGCAUUUCAUAAAGAAUAUCAUCAGCUAUGAAUGUAUACAUGAGCUGGUUCAGUGUUUCCCCAACAGGAGCUCUUGAGAAAUAACUAAAGGUUCUUAUUAAAAAAUAAUAAUGAACAUUUUCAUAAUAUAAGCUCUCUCUGAGACAUUAAUAUUGGUCUAACUUUCCUGCAAGGGAAAAGCCGUAAGUAAAUGCUGAAAGAGUGUAAUGUGUUAUGUCUAAUGAAUGCAGUUAUAUUUAGCUUUCCUCCUAAUGCUCUGUUUUCAUAGAGUCUCAUAUAUACAUUUUUCUAGAAUGAUUCCAGCGUGUAAUGCCAUUCUUUGUUUCAAUCUGUUUGACAGGAAUCGUUCAAAUCAUAUUCUUCCUCUUCAUCUACGAGAGAUUCAUAACAGAUGAUAUUCGGGAAUUUGUUGACAUCUGUUCAAUGAGCAACAUCAGUGUCUUUGUUAUGGCCCACGGAGAAUUCGGCUACUACAUACACGGACGGUCUGUCCAUGGAUGCUCUGAUGUAGCUAUGGAUGAAAUGUCAGAUAUGAUCAAAAGGGAAGAGGUUAGUAAAAAAUCAAAAGUGGCAUCAAAAGCAAAACUUAUUUAAUUAAUCUGUGAAUCUAUCACUGGGAAUAUGUUGAUUUUUAUUGACUCUAAAUAUAUAAAAGGCCCUCUUAAAUAUGAAGCUUUUAGUAUAUUUCUUAUGUGACAUUGAAAUAAGCAAUGCAAAUGCAUGCAGGAACAAAAUUGUGUUUAUGUUAGUAAAUUCUUCAUUUGUUAACAUAACAGCUAAUCCUCUGAGGACUAAAACUCUAAAAUAUUCUGUGAAAUUUUCAUGAAAAACUCAAAUCAUUAGUGACAUCAAUUGGUUUCUAUUUUUUAUUUUUUUGGUCAAAUUAAUAAGACACAAACAAUUAGUGUAAAUAAAACAACAUAUGUUCAGCUUUAAUGAUGAUUUUACACAAUACAAAUGUAAACGUUUAGGCAAACGCCUUAAUCAAAACAUUUAAUUAAGUAUAAAUUAAAUACUGUAUAAACUAAAUCCAAAAUUUUACAUAGCUGCCAUGUAUUUUUCCUGUUUGGUUUUUAAAUUUUACUUCCACUCACUUCCUUUCAAUUUUUCUUAACUUUGUUUUGUCUGGGUUUUGCACCCACUCUUAUUCUUUUCUAUUUUUUUAGGUAGGCUAUAUAUAUAUUAUAUAACUCAAUAGCUAUUGCCUGCCUCAGUACAAUAGUUUUUUGUUAGUUCGUUCGACGGAAAUUGAUCAUGUCCAUUUUAAACAUCGAAUUGGUGGUGGUGCUGAAUCUGUCUAUGGGUGUGCAGAUGGCUGAUGAGGCAUAUACUGGGAUGAAAUGAUCUUGUGCAGAAGAUGCAGGGGAUGGAUGAGACAACUCCAGGUACAGAGUAAACUUGGGCUUUUCUGGAUUGUCUUUUGUGUUCUGCAGCAUCUGUUCUGUUUGCCUCAUAUUGCAUGGAGCCCUUGUUUUUAGGACUGAGGAGUCUGGAUCCAGCAUGUCCAGGUUAAUGUGAGACACUUUCAAUGCACUUUUAGUGCGUUAUUAUAAAAAAACUUUCCUUUCUGUUCCCCAACAGAUCAUUUACCAAGCUUGAGUUCACCAUAAAAUAUUUUUAUGGGCUGGUAGUUGUCUCACAUUCUCAUAGCAUGUCCUGCUUGUGCGAUGUCUUGGAUCUUGUCCUGCCAUCUAAUGUUAAAGAUUUUUUUUGGAGGCUUAUCGUGUCACAGUGGUUUCAUUUCCUAACAUGUGGUUGAUAGACGGUUGCACAGCUGCCUUGUAAACUUUAAUUGACAACAUUGUUAUAGCCUGUGUAUUGACCCAUUUAUUCAGCCCGCAAUUUUUUGAGCCGUGUCAUGCAUCCCUUGUCUCCCUUGUUGUUAUUAUGUCAUCACCAAUUAACUUGGUGCGAUGUGCUGCCGCUGUUUCCCCAUCUCCCAUGAUUGGAAAAUUUUGUUUACAGAGGGUUCUACAUUGAUGUGGAACCUGCUCUCUGAUGAUUGAAUAUCUGGACUUUCUGCUCUGUAAAGUUCUGAUUCAGUGACUAUAAAUAUGGUAGACGUACCAGAGACCUAAGGAGACUUGAAAGUUUUUCUCUACGUGUGUGGAUUACUAUUUUUAGCUUUCUCUUAUUAUUUAUAUUCACGAGCUGUAAGUUAAAUCAGCUUUAUAUUUCUAUAUAUUUGAUUUUUUACUUUUAUAUCAGAAUUGUUGGUAUAAAUAAAUUGAUUAUUGUUAAUAGCACCAGCUUUGGUUAGAGGAUUUCUUUGUCAUAUUGGUUUUUCAGACCUUUGCUACGUAUUGUUCAUCUGGUGAUCCAAUUUUUAAAAACAACAUAAUAAACCUUGUAACUUUUAACGGUGGGUUAACCACAAGCUUAACACACAGAGCUGAAUGGUGGGUUAACCACAAGCUUAACACACAGAGCUGAAUGGUGGGUUAACCACAAGCUUAACACACAGAGCUGUAUGGUGGGUUAACCACAAGCUUAACUCACAGAGCUGAAUGGUGGGUUAACCACAAGCUUAACACACAGAGCUGAAUGGUGGGUUAACCACAAGCUUAACACACAGAGCUGAAUGGUGGGUUAACCACAAGCUUAACUCACAUAGCUCAAUGGUGGGUUAACCACAAGCUUAACUCACAGAGCUGAAUGGUGGGUUAACAACAAGCUUAACUCACCGAGCUAAAUCAGCCUGUUGUAUCAUCUCCCAGAAAGCUUCAGUAUGACCUUACAAAACUUGCAUCAAAGAAAUGUUUUUCAAAGCACUGUUCACCUUACACACAGAGUUGGAGAUAAGUUUUUUUUUUUUUCUCUUAAUGUCUCAACCCAAUUAUUGGCCUGGAUGGAAUAUACAAAGUGUAAAGGAUUAUUAACAAACAAAUCUCAAAUCUCUAUAAGAGUUAUGUCAUAUUUUAAACACACAAAAUUUCGCUGGGUGUAUAAAUAAUAUGAGCUUUUGAGGACUUAAUCUCGCAUGUCUCUGUUCUUGGUUUUACCUUUUUAUUUAUAUGACAUUGCUUUGGUCAUUUUUAAGGCUUAAUAUUCAAGGCCAGAUCUCAAUGUAGUUUAAAACAUUCAUCAAUUAUCUUUUCGGCUUUUGUAUUUGUUCUCUUUCUUUUUAAAUAGAUUCAAUAAAAUUUACUAAUAGUUUUUGUUGUUUUUUUAAAUUGUCAAGCUAAACUCAAUGAUCAUGUCUGCUCAAACCUCAGUAUCCUGACACAGAAAAUCCAGUAACUCACUAAUUAUACCUUCAGGGAGCCACUCAGGCAGCAGGAAUCCUGGCAGCUCUACCAAUUAUAAAUGUUUAUUGUGCACUCAAGUCCCUGUAUUUUUAGCAAUAAGCCCUUUUCCAUUACAGGCGGAUCUGGUGGGACAGAGAGGCUUAGUGUCAGGCACAGAGGCUCAAACAUUCAUGAUGGCAAUACCCAAGAGACUCAGGGAAAAAUACACAGCUGUGUAUAUGCCUGUGCAAUUGGAGGUAAAGGGUUUGGCGGUUUGCCUUUGAAGCGACUUAACAUUAAUACAGGAUUAAAUGAACAAGGCUUUAACAAUUCAAUUUAAUGGUGUUCUUGUUCUUAUAAAACAUAUUUUUUAAUUUUUUAAAUGAGAAGUUUCGAUAAAUGUAAAAAAAGUACUAUCACAAAAAAACACCAAAAAACAAUGUCUCGUCUUGAUAUGUGAUAAUUUUUAUUUUCUACCUGUUUGACAAUAACUCCACAGAUAAUAAUUUAAUUAAAUCAAGCUGUCAGAGCUUUUGAAUGUUUUUUUGUUGGGCUAAGUUUUAGACACACACAAUAAUAUUUCUUUAAAAGUCAAGUUUGUAAAGAGGAAAUCCUGGUAACUUCUAAAUGCUUUGAUAAGAACAGAGUUAUCUUUCAGUGGGGUAAAAAUAUAAAAGGGGGCAUUUUGUUAACGUUAAACCUUAAGUAUAUUAUAAGAUACAAACUUUUUGUGUGUUCCAUUUAAAUGAAGUAAGGCCUGCAAAACUCAAAAUGUAAUACUUUAUAAAAACGUGUGCAGGCCAAAAGAAAAUAGGAAAGGACGUGUGCAGGCCAAAAGAAAAUAGGAAAGGACGUGUGCAGGCCAAAAGAAAAUAGGAAAGGACGUGUGCAGGCCAAAAGAAAAUAGGAAAGGACGUGUGCAGGCCAAAAGAAAAUAGGAAAGGACGUGUGCAGGCCAAAAGAAAAUAGGAAAGGACGUGUGCAGGCCAAAAGAAAAUAGGAAAGGACGUGUGCAGGCCAAAAGAAAAUAGGAAAGGACGUGUGCAGGCCAAAAGAAAAUAGGAAAGGACGUGUGCAGGCCAAAAGAAAAUAGGAAAGGACGUGUGCAGGCCAAAAGAAAAUAGGAAAGGACGUGUGCAGGCCAAAAGAAAAUAGGAAAGGACGUGUGCAGGCCAAAAGAAAAUAGGAAAGGACGUGUGCAGGCCCAAAGAAAAUAAGAAAGGACGUGUGCAGGCCAAAAGAAAAUAGGACGGGGGAAAGCUAUUAAGAAAAUAAUUAGAAUAAAGAAUAUUUCGCUACUUCGCGGGCCGCAAAGUGGGUACUGGUGGGCCGCAUGCUGCCCGCAGGCCGUAUUUUGUGCAGGCCUGAAGUAAGGUAUUAUUAUUUGUUUUACUUAAAUAGAGCUUCACAUAAAUUGUAUGUGUCUUUUAAUCUAUUUUUCAGUGUGCAUCACUUAAAUAACCUUUAAUAUUUAACUUUAUUCAUUUUAGAAUGCCACAAGCCGAAUGGGCAAGUCACAAACUGGCAAAGAAAAGAGCAUAGAGGCCUACAUGACACUGAACAGAUUCUUCUGUGCCUUCAUUGAUCAUGUAAUCUAACCUUCUAAAUUAACAUCUUCAACCCCCCACUGGACCUCUGAGUCUAUUUUAAACUUGUCCAUCAAAUUGCCACCUGUUAGUCAAACUUGGGCUUCUCCGAUCAAUUUAUGUGCUCUUUCCUUUUUUUUUCAUUGGUUUACUAAUUUUGAUAUGUGAAAUGACCAUUUUUUUUAUUUACUAAAUUUGCAACCCACUCACUACCUUAAGUCCAGUUUGGGAAGCUCAAAUGACAUUUCAACAAUUUACAGAGAUGUUAUACUUACAGCAAGAAUAUGAAUUAAUAAACUUUUAAGUCCACAAAUGGAUAUAACUAAUUAUAGAAACAUAGUCCCAGAAUGCACUGCUGGAAUACCUAGAUGAGCGCUAGAACUUAUUUAAAUUAAAUAUUUCAUAUUUUUAAAAAUCAAUAGUGAUUUUGAUUUUUCCCCCAAUGAUUUUUUUCCUCUUACUAAAUCUCAACUUAAGUUACAAACAUAAUUUUCUCAUAAACCAUUCAUAAUUUUCUUAUGUGGUCAGUUUACAAUUAAAUAUCUUUUCACAGUCUUUGCGUGACAUUGACUAUGUGGUGAAAGAUAAAAACCUGCUGGAGAAGCUAUUGGACACAGAGUUUCUUGAACUCACUGACAAAGGAAUUUUCUACUCUGGUGAGCUUAACUUAAUCCAGGUUAAACCCUCUAUGAGGCAGAGCGGCAAAAAAUGUCUUUACUACUUAAAGGGCAAAACAUCAAAAAUCCUCCGUGACAACUAAGUGUUGUAAACACACGAUCUCCGAGUCUUCCGAUUGUUUACAUCGGGAUCUGCCUAUAGCUUGAUAGGAGGGAGCCAGUUACAAGUAUUUCAUCAAAUUUUUUUGUAGUUUUCGUGGUUUUAAUGCUUGGUUUUUCAAAAUGAAUUGUGACGAUACUUCAAGUGAUAGCAGAAAUUUCGCUGGAUUCAAUUUAAGUGACAUUGAAGUGCACAAAUUGAGUAUAAAUCGGAACUAGAUAUUAAUAUUAUUAGUAAUAUUAGUGAAAUCAUCGUAGUAAGCAGUGUUGAAUUGAACACACUUCAAUUUCGUGGUAGUGUUUAUAAUAGUAAAUAGAAGACUCACAAUCAAAAAGAAUAUGUUGUUUUUUGCAAAAAUAUUUGUGUUCAUAUGAGAAUUAAUGGCAACAUGUGGGUAAAAUAAUAAAUGUUCAUACAUUUUCCUUUAUUUUGUUUUUUAUUUCACAAAAAAUUUGUUCACUAACACCUUAGAUUUGAUAUUUUUACUAACAUCACCCUCAAUCUUACUAAAAACCAGAAAAAUGUUGCCUGUUCAGAACUAGCAAGAGGAAGAACCUCUGCCACGUAAAGGGUUAAAUUAUAAAAUAAUAUUAUUGUGUCAGUUGAAUAGUUCUUAAAUUCUUUUUACAGCGUGUUUAUUGAUUGCAAUACAUUCAACAUAUUUAAAUAUUGUAACAAAUUAGAAAUUCUCCAUCAGUUACAGUGUUAUCUGGCUAACUUGAUCAUGGUGGGAUCUCUUUGGAUAACACAAUGUUAGUGUUAGGUAGAUUACACAAUAUUAAUGAUUGCUUUUUAAAAACUCACGUUAUUUCUAGUGUUACAGUCUGAAAAAUCUAGAGAAUAAAGUAGUUUCAGUUUCAUGAGAUUUUAUUAAAUCGCUGAGUUUUUACACAUCAAAUUUAGUUUUUUUCCCAAGUGAAUUUGAAGCCCUAGGUUUUUAUUUUUGUUUUGUUUUGUUUUAUUUCAUCCAGAUAAUGGCCACUCUUUUGACAAUGUGCUGUUCUAUGGCAAUGAGUUGAUGCUUCUCAUCUUUGAUGUGCUGCUUUUUUGUAUCGUGGACCUUAUUUUUAUGGACUUUGUUUUAGCUGGGAUUAUCACAUAUUUGAUUAUAGAGGUGAGACAAUUUCAAUAAUGCCACAAGUCUGAAAUUGAUGGUUGAAAAAAAAAAAAAGAAGAAAAAAAAGUAGCUUUUCAAACAAAUGUGUUGUCACAGGGGGGACCUGAAACUAUUUGGAAUGUUUAAAAUUCCAUCUCAUGCAUAAAGAGUGAAAAUUAAGUUUUAAAUCCAAGCUUUUACCAUUACCUCCACAGUUGAUCUGCUUGAUUCGUGACACUGCUGGAAAGAAGAACCUGGCAAGGAAGACUCUUGUGGAUGAAAGAUUCUUGAUAUAAUACUCAUUUAUUUGCCUAGCAAACAUUGCCAAAACUGCUAUCAAGAUUUUAUUGGUAUAGGACUGAGUCAAAUAUUUAAUGUGUGUAUUUAACAUGAUCGCUAGCGACAUGGUGACAUCAUUGAUUUAAGUUAUCUGUUGAAAAUAAAAUGAUCCAUACGUCACCCGUAAGGUGCUUAAGAUGUCAUUAUAUAUAUAUAUAUAUAACAUUCAGAACGUCAUAAUUCCAGUUCUGCAGAUUUCUUGUAUAUAUCAUUUUAUCUUUAUGGCAUCAAACAGUUUUUAUUUUAAUGAUCUGAUUCGUUAUCAUUAAUAGUUACAAUGAACAUUUUUUUUAUCCUCAACAACACACCAAUAUUACACAUGCCUUUCCAUUUUACAUCACGCAAUUUAUAGAUCUGUUUAAAUUUUUACCUGUUUACUUAUUUUUGUGAGUUUAAUAUUAAUAUUUCAAUUGAACUGUCAUUAUUAUAUCUUUACAUUUGAAAUUGAACCUCCGUCCAGUUGCAUCUAAACAGUCCACAAUUUAAUUUUACAAACUCUUACAUGUCAGAGCCUCAGUGUUCCUCAACAUAUUCUGCAACAUUUCUUUGGAUGUUUACUUUUCUUUUGACAUUCCUCAUGAAUUGUUUGUUCACCAUAUAGGUGAAUGAGGAAAUUAUAAGGUAUGUGAUCUCCUCAGGUAACUGUUGCAUGCUUAUUAAAACGUUCACUGUAUGAGGGUUGUAUAAACAUUACAUUAUUUGUAUGCCAAAUUGGAAAAUAUUGUUGCAUGUUCUAUUUCUGAAGUUGCCGCUAAUUGUGAUACAUGAUUUUCAAUGAUAAAAAUCAUGAAUCAUUGCCUUAAGUGCUUGUCACGUGUGAGCACACACUACAAUCAAAUUAUAGUGUCAGAAUAAUUGGUUUUCACCCACAAGAAGCACAAGUUGUCCUCAGCUUUGUAUCAUGAGGAUGUAAAAUCAUCAGAAACAUCAAACAACACUUGAGCUCCUGGGUAAGCUUAACGUAAAUCAAUUCAUCAGGUCUAAACUUUUUCAUUUAUCGCACUUUUAAAUUAGAUGCUUAAAAUAUAUUUUUAUAGUUAACAAAGUAGCAAUAUUGUAGAAAUGUGACAUUACAAAACUAGGUACAUAUAUCUUUUACUUUUUAUUUAACAUUUUGUUCAACAUGUUAUUAAUUAAAUUAAUAUAACAUUAAUUGUAUAAUUGAUUUAUUAUGUUUAUACAUUUUAUAGAACCAAUAUUUAAAACAAAUUUAUUUAACCAAUUUAAGGUCACUUUUUUUGUUCCCUUCUUUUUUUGUUUUAGUGUCAUUUCCAGGUAAUACCAUCUAUGAUCAGAAGAAUGUUUUUGUAUUAUCAAUGUCAGAAUAUUCUGUUUAAUCUUUUAAAAUUUAUUUUAAAAACAUCUUCAUCAAUUUGUGUUGUGGCUGAGCUUUGAUUAAGACAGCACAAGAAUUUUUUUUAUAUAAUUCUAUAAAUAGCUUCAAAAUGUCAUGUGACACAAACAAAUUAUUCCAUUGCCAGAAAUAUGGUUUCCACAUGUUACUCUAAAGGUGGGAAUUUUUUCUAUAAGUUAGUUUAAUUUAUUUUGGCAUAUCAGUAGCUUAAAAAGUGAGUUAUAUAUUACUUUUGUUGUUAAAUUUGUUAGGUUUUUUAAAAAAACUAAUCUUAUAAUAAUGGUAAAAUCUUUUGUUGUUUUUUUCUGGGGGUAAAAACUGGCAACAGUAAAACUAAUUGACACUAAAUGUAUAGAAUAAGAGAAAUUAAUGCAAUGCUUUUACAGUGACAAAACUUACAUGUUUAAAAUCUCUAUUUUCUUUGUAUAAUAUUGUCAAAUAACUAGUACUAGUAGGUUGUCCCAACGAUCAAAUUCCAUUGAACUGAGAAAUCUUAAAGUGGUGGCCUUAUCAUAAAUUAAGAUUUUCAUUCAUGUUAAUUUAAUAUGUAAUAAAGUUUUGUGACAUAAAUUUAAGAGGCCUUUGUUACUUUUAUUUUUAUACUAACAUUGUUGCAUAAUG